CAGCGGCACGUCGUCACCUCAGUUUGACGCUCAUCAUUAACGCUGACAUCAAACUUUUGAUAAGACAAAGUGUUAUUUAUCUGGAAAGAAACCCGAUUAAUGUUUAAAAAUGUCCGAAGACUCGUGGGCGGUUGCUGUCGAUGUGCAAGAAGCCACAACUCCAUCCAAACAGUUUGACUUCUCGAAGAAAUUGGACAGAGUGCGUGGUCCUCGUAACAUAAGAGGAGACAUUAAUGGCAACAUUGUGCCGGAGAAGAAUGAAAAUGGAGGAUGGAAAAAGGACGCGGACAAAGUGGACCUGGCUGAACAGUCCCUGUUAAAUAAGCUGAUCCGCCGCUCUCUGGUGCGAAACAGAAACCAGGUGGAGGUCCUGCAGCGGGACCCUACCUCUCCUCUUUACUCUGUGAAGACUUUUGAAGAGCUGAGACUGAAACCUGAGCUGCUGAAAGGUGUAUACAACUUGGGUUUCAACAGACCAUCCAAGAUCCAGGAGAAUGCCUUGCCCAUGAUGUUGGCACAGCCCCCUCAGAAUCUGAUAGCCCAGUCUCAGUCUGGGACGGGAAAAACUGCUGCUUUCUCUCUGGCCAUGCUCAGCCAUGUAAACCCAGCCAAUAAGUGGACUCAGUGUCUUUGCAUCGCACCAACAUAUGAGCUGGCUCUGCAGAUUGGUCAAGUAAUCGAGCAAAUGGGGAAGUUUUGUCCUGAUGUGAAACUGGCUUACGGCAUUCGGGGCAACAGAAUGGAACGUGGAAUCAAGCUGCAGGAGCAGAUUGUCAUUGGAACACCAGGCACAAUCCUCGACUGGUGCACCAAGUACAAACUCGUUGACCCCAAGAAGAUCACUAUGUUUGUGCUCGACGAGGCUGAUGUGAUGAUCGCCACACAAGGUCAUCGGGACCAGAGCAUACGGAUCCAUAGACAGCUGUCGAAGGACUGCCAGAUGCUUCUUUUCUCUGCAACCUUUGAGGACUCUGUGUGGAGGUUUGCAGAGCAGGUGGUUCCUGACCCCAAUAUCAUCAGGCUGAAGCGCGAAGAGGAGACGCUGGAUACCAUCAAGCAAUUCUAUGUGCUCUGUAGAGAGAAGGAGGACAAGUUCACAGCUCUCUGUAAUCUGUACGGGAGCCUUACCAUUGCACAGGCCAUGAUAUUCUGCCAUACUCGCAAGAUGGCUGCUUGGCUGACUGCAAACCUGACCACAGAGGGGCACCAGGUGGCAUUACUGAGUGGAGAAAUGACAGUGGAGCAGAGAGCUGCUGUCAUCGAUCGCUUCAGGAAUGGAAAGGAGAAGGUGCUCGUUACCACGAAUGUGUGCUCAAGAGGUAUCGAUGUGGAACAAGUGUCACUUGUGGUCAACUUUGACCUCCCUGUGGACUUGGACGGGAAUGCCGACAAUGAGACAUACCUUCACCGGAUUGGCCGCACAGGACGCUUUGGUAGAAGAGGAUUUGCUGUCAACAUGGUUGACAGCAAACACAGCAUGGAUAUUAUCAACCAAAUUGAGAUGCAUUUCAACAGGAGAAUCACAAAGCUUGACACAGACAAUCUUGAAGAAAUGGAAAGCCUGAUCAGCUGAACGCUUUACUACAUGCACUACUUGACAGCGAAGCAGUUAGACGUGUUACCUCACAUGUGACUUGAGUUCUUUCCAGGGUUUGUUGUUUGAAUUUUAUUGUUUAUAGAAGUGAGAUGCAUGCUAAUGUUGACUAUGCAAACUUAUUUCACGGCAGACAUUUUUGCCAAGUUUUUCAUUUGAUGUGUCUGACUUUGAUCACUUAAGUCACCAUAAGCCUUUAAACUGUCUCCCAGAGACUAUAAACUAAUCGCUAGCUGUUAAAACAGCAUUUAAGAAGAGUGGUGAUAGUAUUUUUGUUGAUUACCUGAAGUGAUGUGUCUCAUCUAAAGAUCAAGGUUGAGCUCAGAUCAACUAUCCUUGAGUGACUUGAAGCUUUUGCCUUUUCCUGCCUUCCAGUUGGUUUCCUGAUAACUUAAUUUGAUGUUCUAUCAGACUGUAAAGCCAGAGCUGUUGCUCAUUUGUGUGCAGAAAAAAAAUAAAUAUACUGUUGAAUAUU